AUGAGUCUUAUCAGUGUACAGUCCGCCGGCGAGUGGCAGGGCAUCCUCAGCGGCACCAAUGUCGUGAUUGCCGACUUCUACGCCGACUGGUGCGGUCCUUGCAAGAUGAUUGCGCCGCACUUCGAACGCCUCGCGAAAGAGUACUCGAAGCCGAAGAAGGUUGCUUUCUGCAAGAUCAACGUCGACCAACAAUCCGGCAUCGCCCGUACCCACGGUGUCAGCGCCAUGCCCACGUUUAUCAUCUUCCACGGCGGCCAAGCAGUCGAGACAAUCAAGGGAGCGAACCCUCCGGCCCUGACGCAAGCGAUUCAAAAUGCUCUGAAGCUUCCCGACAAGAGCGGUCGCAGCGGCGCCUCCUUCAGCACCCCCGGACGAACCCUCGGCGGCGACAAGGCUGCUCGCGCGAGCCUGCAGCGUCCUAUUCAGUGGCAGCUCAGCGGGCUGUUCAGCGGCCUGGUCACCUUUAUCGGGCUCUACCUUGUAUCCUUAUUUGCGAUCGAUCCGCAGAAGGCGGCCGAGAUGUCGCAGUUCAACCGGGUUAACCCACCCCCGCCGCCAAUGAAGUCGAGCAGAGGCGCCGCGCCCGGUGCUAGACAGCCGCCUAGAGCGUCGGCAAUCAAGACUCUGGCGGAUCUUGGUGGUGAUGAGUAA